UCUCCUCAGCGCGCACAGCUGUGGUUUCUCCGGAGCGGAGCUUGAAAUCAGACGCGCCGAGCGAGACGCUGCGCUAUCCGGGGGAUUUAAACCGCUAUUCGCCGUCCGUCCGCGCCCGGAGCUCUCUCUAUCGCCUUGGAUCUGCCCUCUCCUUGGAUUAUUACCGUUCUUUAUUCUGUGGCGCGACGCGCACGAAGAUGUAAAGGAGGUUUUGCGCGUGCAGAAUCCACGGAGAACACAGAAACGCGCUCGUUAAAACAAGCAGGAGCUCCAGUGUCCGGAUGACAGUGUCAGGCAAACGUUCCCAGGAGUGCCGAUGAAAACACACGAGGCAUAAGUUCGGCCUGACUUUGGCGCGCGGAUCUAUUUAUCCGGUUCAACCGAGGCAGCCAAAGAAAACGCCACUAAAAACAGACGAAGAAUGAAGCAGAAGGAAAAUUAAAAACAGCAGAGAGAGUGCCAAACGUCCAGCGUGCCGACCCUUCGUCUCCAGCCUGUGGGGCCGCGGCUCUCCAGCCAGGUCAGAGGUCAUCUGCGACAUGAUGCCAGCCGGCCACCUGCCCAUCCUGCUCUCCCUGAGCGCCCUGCUGCUGUCUCCGCUGCUCACCGGCUCCUUGGCCUUAUCUCCACCCAGAUUCACGAAAGUACCCGUCGACAUGAUCGGCGUCUCCGGAGGUGUCGUAUCCUUCGUAUGCCAAGCCACAGGUGACCCCAAGCCAAGAGUAACCUGGAAUAAGAAAGGAAAGAGGGUGAACUCUCAACGCAUUGAGACAAUAGAGUUUGACGAAGGUGCGGGAGCCGUCCUAAGGAUCCAGCCUCUUCGGGCACCUCGAGACGAGAACAUCUACGAGUGUGUGGCGGAGAACAGCGAAGGCGAAAUCAGUGUCCAAGCUAAGCUGUCCAUCAUUAGAGAGGACCUGCUUCCUGUUGGCUUCCCCAACAUCGACAUGGGCCCGCAGCUAAAGGUGGUGGAGCGCACACGCACGGCUACCAUGCUUUGCGCCGCGAGUGGUAACCCCGACCCGGAAAUCACCUGGUUCAAAGACUUCCUUCCCAUCGACCCCAGCACAAGUAACGGGCGAAUCAAACAGCUCAGAUCGGAGAGUACGCCCAUCCGAGGUGCUCUGCAGAUAGAAAACACUGAGGAAACCGACCAGGGGAAGUACGAGUGUGUGGCGUCUAACGUGGAAGGCGUCCGAUACUCUUCCCCUGCCAACCUGUAUGUGCGAGGUAGGGAGCAACCUGGCUGUGGAGCCCAUCGAAAACAACCAAUUAGAGAUGCACGACUGGUUGAAGAGGAUGAUGUCCCCGGACAGCCGACCAACUUCCAGGUUGGUGAGGUGUCGGACACGAGCGUUGAGCUAACAUGGGAACCAGCCUUCGAGAAAGAGGGGAUCAUCAGUUACGAACUGCAUUACAGAGAGGGCGGUCCAGAAUCUCAGGUAAAGAAAACAUUCGGCCCGACCUCUUCCUAUGUGGUGGAGGGUCUACGUGCAAACACAGAGUAUUACUUCUCCCUGGCUGCCGUCUCCAACAAAGGCAUCGGAGCCUUCACCAACGAAAUAUCCCAAAGGACAUCCCAAGCCAAGCCCUCCGCCCCCCCUCAAGACAUUAAGUGCUCCAGCUCCAGCUCCACCACCCUGCUGGUAAGUUGGCGCCCUCCACCGGCCGAGAGCCAGAAUGGGGCACUGGCCGGGUACAUAGUGCGCUACACGGUGGUGGGGGCCGGAGCCGAGGUCAACACGGAGCCCGUGGAGGAGCCAGCGGUGCUGCCCAGCUCCAGUCAGAUCCAGCUGCAACGGCUAGAGAAAUGGACCUUGUACCGAGUCACCGUGGCGGCCUCCACCAGCGUGGGUCCGGGCCCUGAGAGCGAGCCGCUGCUGUGCCGCACAGACGAGGACGUGCCCGGGGCCCCCCCUCGGCGCGUGGAGGUCGAGGUGCUGAACUCCACCGCCAUCAAGGUGAUGUGGCGCUCCCUGUUGCCAGGGAAACAGCACGGGCAGAUCCGUGGGUACCAGGUGCACUAUGUCCGUGUUGAGAAUGGCGAAUCCCGCGGCCUGCCCCUCAUCAAGGACGUCAUGCUAGCUGAUGCACAGUGGGAAAUGGACGACACAGCUGAAUACGAGAUGGUCAUCGGGGGCCUGCAGCCUGACACCACGUACUCCAUCACCGUGGCAGCCUACACCACCAAAGGAGACGGAGCCCGCAGCAAACCUAAGCUGGUGGUGACUAAAGGAGCAGUGCCGGGGCCUCCCUUUCUCUCCGUCAACCAAAACUCAGAGACUACUGCAUUAGUACGCUGGCAACCCCCGGAUUUUAUCGCUCCAGGUCUUGAGGUGCAAGGCUAUCGGCUACAGUUUGGCCGAAAGGAUGUAAGCCCCCUGGCCACGCUGGAGUUCGGCCCUCAGGAGCUGGAAUAUUCCAUUAGCAGUAUCCACCGAGGGGCCACGUACGUGUUCAAAGUGUCCGCCAAGUCUAGAUCGGGAUUUGGCGAAGAGGCUACCCGAGAACUGAAAGUCCCAGAAGAGGUUCCUCGAGGGUAUCCUCAAAUAAUGGAAGGGUCCAACAUUACCUGCUGCUCGCUCCAAUUUGCCUGGAUGCCUCCCGUGCUAGCGGAGCGCAACGGCGCUAUAACAGAAUACACGCUGGCUUACCAGGAGGCCGGAACAGCCGGUGGACCCAAGGAACUGCGUCUGCCAGCAAGCGAAAACAGCUACACCCUCAACAGCCUGAGGCCCAACGCAGUGUACGAUGUGAAAAUUCGAGCGCACACCAGUGUAGGUCCAGGGCCCUACAGCCCACCGAUCCAGUAUCGAACAGUGGCCUACGAAGCAGAUGUCCCUAAGAACUUCACCGUGAAGCUAGUCACCAAGACCACAGUACUGCUAACCUGGAAGUUUUCCGAUAGCCGCUUCCCGUACCGCUGUAUGAUCGAGUACAACCGGCAGAAGGUUGACAUUGACGCUAGGAUGACCAAAGCGCUCAUCACCAACUUGCGACCCAACAGCACCUACGAGUUCAGAAUCACCUGCCAGGAGAGCAGUGAUGGCGGACCCAAACACAAGCUUGUCGCACGAACGGCACCACCUAUCCUGGUCCGAAGGCCAGAGUUGGACCUGAAAAGAGAGCCGGACAGUACACUGACCAUUGUCUUCCCACCGCUGGAAUCCAAAGAGUUGAUCAAGGCGGUCUAUGUUGUGGUGGUUCCUCUGAAGAAGGGAAGAGGUCCAAUCCGACACAUCAAGAGCCCAGAUGAACUUGACCUAGAGGAGCUGCUGGGCGACAGAAGACUCGGUCAGCGUCAUGCUCGAACCACCCGUCAGCUCAAGCAGGUGGAUGGGAAGCGGCCCUAUAUUGCUGCCAGCUUCAAGCCCUCAACCAUGCCGCCGUCCUUCACCCUGGGCAACCAGAUGGUCUACAGCGGCUUUGAAAACAGAGCUCUGGACCCUGGGCAGGAGUACGUGUUCUUCAUCCUCGCCGAGCUCAACAUCACUGGAGGGAAAUCGUUUGCGUCCAGUCCCUACACGGAUCCAGUCACGGCUCCUGACGUGGACCAUCAGCCUGUGGAGACGGGAGGGGACGGACUCAUUUGGGUGGUGGGACCAGUUCUCGCGGUGGUCUUUAUAAUCUGUAUUGUGAUCGCGAUUCUCCUCUACAAGAACAGCAAGCCUGACAGCAGCAAACGUAAAGAGUCAGAGCCCCGGCAGAAAUGUAUGCUGAACAACGCCGAUAUCACCCCUCACCAUCCCACAGACCCGGUGGAGAUGAGACGAAUCAACUUCCAGACCCCAGAUUCGGGUCUAAGCAGUCCUGUCAGUGAAGCCGGUUUUGACUAUGAAAGUAUGAUGAACCACCCUCCGAUCCCCAUCUCUGAGCUCGCUGAGCACACGGAGCUGCUGAAGGCCAACGACAACCUGAAGCUCUCCCAGGAGUAUGAGUCCAUCGAUCCAGGUCAGCAGUUCACCUGGGAGCAUUCCAACCUGGAGGUCAACAAACCCAAGAACCGCUACGCCAACGUCAUCGCCUACGACCACUCCCGCGUAAUCCUGGCACCCAUCGAAGGUAUCACAGGCAGCGACUACAUCAAUGCUAACUACAUUGAUGGCUACAGGAAGCAGAACGCGUACAUAGCCACGCAGGGGCCUCUGCCAGAGACCUUCGGAGACUUCUGGAGGAUGGUGUGGGAGCAACGAGCCGCCACUGUGGUCAUGAUGACCAGACUGGAAGAGAAGUCAAGGAUAAAGUGCGACCAGUACUGGCCGAGUAGAGGGACGGAGACCUACGGUAUGAUCCAAGUGACGCUCCUGGACACCAUCGAACUUGCCACUUUCUGCGUACGCACCUUCUCUCUACACAAGAAUGGUUCCAGUGAAAAGCGAGAGGUACGACAGUUUCAAUUCACCGCCUGGCCGGACCACGGCGUUCCCGAGUACCCCACUCCGUUCUUGGCCUUCCUCAGGAGGGUGAAGACCUGCAAUCCACCGGAUGCCGGCCCCAUCAUCGCCCACUGCAGCGCUGGUGUGGGCCGCACAGGCUGCUUCAUCGUGAUUGACGCCAUGCUAGAACGCAUCAAGCAUGAGAAGACGGUGGACAUCUACGGUCACGUGACCCUCAUGCGCUCCCAGAGGAACUACAUGGUGCAGACGGAAGACCAGUACAGCUUCAUCCAUGAUGCCCUCCUGGAGGCCGUCGCCUGUGGGAACACGGAGGUGGCGGCGCGAAGCCUCUUCUCCUACAUCCAGAAGUUGGCGCAGGUGGAGACCGGGGAGCACGUCAGCGGCAUGGAGCUGGAGUUUAAGCGUUUGGCGAACUCCAAAGCCCACACCUCCAGAUUCAUAAGUGCCAAUCUGCCAUGCAACAAAUUUAAAAACCGUCUGGUCAACAUCAUGCCGUACGAGACCACUCGAGUGUGCCUGCAGCCCAUCAGAGGGCUGGAGGGGUCCGACUACAUCAAUGCCAGCUUUAUUGAUGGAUACAGACAACAGAAGGCUUAUAUAGCCACACAAGGCCCAUUAGCGGAGACUACUGAGGACUUCUGGAGGAUGUUGUGGGAGAACAACUCCACCAUCGUGGUGAUGCUGACCAAACUGAGGGAGAUGGGACGAGAAAAGUGUCACCAGUACUGGCCAGCGGAGCGCUCCGCUAGGUAUCAGUACUUCGUGGUGGAUCCAAUGGCGGAGUACAACAUGCCGCAGUACAUCCUCAGAGAGUUCAAAGUGACGGAUGCUCGAGACGGACAGUCCAGGACCGUACGGCAGUUCCAGUUCACCGACUGGCCAGAGCAGGGCGUUCCCAAAUCAGGAGAGGGGUUCAUCGACUUCAUCGGACAGGUGCAUAAAACUAAGGAGCAGUUCGGACAGGACGGGCCCAUCUCUGUCCACUGCAGCGCCGGUGUGGGGCGGACCGGGGUCUUCAUCACGCUAAGCAUCGUGCUGGAGCGGAUGCGCUAUGAGGGUGUGGUGGACAUCUUCCAGACGGUCAAAAUGCUGAGAACGCAACGGCCAGCAAUGGUGCAAACAGAGGACGAGUACCAGUUUUGCUAUCAGGCGGCUCUGGAGUACCUUGGAAGUUUUGAUCACUAUGCAACGUAAAAAGCCAUUUUUGUUCCCCCCUGCCCCACAAACCCCCCUCCCCCCAACAGCCUCCUGAGCCAUAAAAAAAACUUGCUUGAAAACAUGAAACGAUGACAACUAUACACAAUUCAUACGAUUUUUUCAAAGAAGCGUCUUUUUGCAACCAAUCAAAAUCCCUAAUUGGACAAGCAACACUGGAGAAGCGCAAACGGAUCCCGAACCCUUCUACAUCCCAAGCUCGCGAUGGAGGAACCAACCGUUUUGGCUCAGGCUGUAGGGCGGGAAUGACGAUCUAGGUGUCGGACCACUAACCUUACCUCAAGUGUUCUGACGUGGAGGACAAACAUUGUUUCUUUCAGACUAACUCUAUGAACAUAUUACAAAAAGACAUGAAGGAAAAGUUGCGGAGAUACAACAUGACCACAAAUUAAUGAGCACCUAAUUGGUUGGCAUUUAAAAUCCUUCUUUGUUUACUAAAAUGGAAACGUUUUCAUUGAAAGGACAUCUAGCAGCGGAUUUCAUUGAUGUCUUCAAUGGAGAAGUUGGCGCAACGGUACAAACAAGACUUCUUAUGCUGCUCACGUCGCGGGUCCAAGCCUGUCCUUGACAUGUUGCCAUUCGGACAAAAUUGGGAGCCACUUAAGAAGCAAUUCGAGGCAAACCGUUCAUCCACUUGAGAAAGUAACCCUCCUCUUGAAACCACUGGAGCUGCCAAACAAGAACUUGACACAUUUUGAGGCGCUGAGGCAUUCAAGGAAAUGGUUGAAACCUAAUCGCAUAGGUUUCUCGAGACGCGGACAGUUACUCUGUGCUGUCGAGGAGAUGCUAGCGAACGUUUCUGCCAAUGUAGCUCCAUCUCUAUUCUCUCGAGAGCCAAUGGGAGUGUGACGUUUCGUCAACCACCAUAGAAGUCUGGAGUUUUUUUGGUGCAGUGUGCAUGAAAUGUUGGCUCGACUGGAGAUUAUGAACAGAGAAAUUGCCACGGAAGUUUCUUUGGCAAAACGUAGCUUCAUCUCUAUCCUCGAUAGCCAAUGGGAGCGUGAAAUGUUGCAUCAACUGGAGAUUAGGACCGGAGGAACCAUCAAGGAAGUCUCAAGUUUCUUCGGUUUGGUGCAGUGUACCUCCAUUUCCAUCCUUGAGAGCCAAUGGGAGUGUGAAAUGUUGGCUCGGCUGGAGAUUAGGACUGGAGAAAUCGCCACAGAAGUCUCAAGUUUCUUUGGAAAAACGUAGCUUCAUUUCUAUCCUCGAGAGCCAAUUAGAGUGUGAUCUCUUGCGUCAAUUGGAGAUUAGGACGAGAGGAACCACCAAUGAAGACUUGAGUUUCUAUAGUGCAAUGUAGAUCCAUCACCAUCCUUGAGAGCCAAUGGGAGUUUGAAAUGUUCUGUCAACUGGAGAUUAGGAACAGAGGAACCAUCAAGGAAGUUUCUUCAGUUUGGCGCAAUGUAGCUCCAUUUCCAUCCUCGAGAGCCAAUGGGAGCGUGAAAUGUUGCGUCAACUGUAGAUUAGAACCAGAGGAACCAUUAAGGAAGUCUCAAGUUUCUUCAUUUUGCCGCAAUGUAGCUCCAUUUCCAUCCUUCGAGAGCCAAUGGGAGCGUGGAAUGUUGCGUCAACUGGUGAUUAGGACCAGAGGAACCACCAACAAAGUCUUGAGUUUCUUUGGCGCAAUGUACAUCUAUCUUCAAUCUCAAGAGCCAAUGGGAGCAUGAAAUGUUGCAUCAACUGGAGAUUAGGACCAGAUAAACCAUCAACAAAGUCUCAAGUUUCUUCAGUUUGGCACAAUGUACCUUCAUUUCCAUCCACGAGAGCCAAUGGGAGCGUGAAAUGUUGUGUUAGUGGGAGAUUAGGACCAGAGGAACCACCAACGAAGUCUUGAGUUUCUUUGACAAAACGUAGCUCUAUCUCCAUCCUCGAAAGCCAAUGGGAAUGUGAAAUGUUGCAUCAACUUGAGAUAAGGACCAGAGGAACCACCAACAAAGUCUUGAGUUUCUUUGGUGCAGUAUACCUCCAUUUCCAUCCUGGAGAGCCAAUGGGAGCUUGACCCGUUGCGUCAAUUGGAGAUUAGGACGAGAGGAACCACCACGAAAGUCGUGGCGACACUGACUGGUUUCUCCAUUGAAAUACACCAUGUAUCUGGCGCAAGAGAUAGGGGAUGCGUGGCUACGUCUUGCUUUUGGUACGUUAAUGUCCCCAGUGAUGUUCAUUGCCAUCGUUUCAAACGACUUUUUGUCUUACAACUGUUUUUUUGGUUUCGUUUUGCUCUUGAUACCAAACAUGCUGCUUUUGCUCCAUUAUGCUGUACGUGAACAUGUGAAGAGUCCUGAAUGGACCGAAGUGUGCGAGAGUGUGAUAACGUAUGGUGGUCCCACCAGUCAAUCCACCAAUUCCUUAUGCCCCAACAGUCGCCCAGGAUGAAAUUUAUCACCGUUUUAUCGUCACCAACGACCCAUUCCUGGUUACUUUCUCGGAUUUCUUGCAUUGCUUUGUUGGUUCUUUUUGAGGUGUUUCUUCAAUGGAUUUUGGCUAACGGAGAGCAAGAAACGGGCAUGUGUUUGCGCCAUGAAACUGCGGUACAACUAUCGAGUGAAUCUGUCGUUGUGGGUGGGACUGUUUUACACACUCAUGCAUAUGGGGGGGAGGGGCCUGAGCUCCGCCGUCAGAGCUGAUUGGCUGUACUGGAGAAUGCUUGAAGCUGGAGUAUUCUGAUUGGUGCGAGAAUGAAAGGAGCCGUGUGUAAUCUUAUUUCCAAAAAAGCCUUAUUCUUGUAACAUCAUAGAAAAAAAUCAAAUACGUUAUUGUUGUAUUAUUUUGACUAUUAUCUUCUUAACAGACUUGGUUUAGUGUUCUGCUUUUUUUUUUUUUUUAACAAAAAUACUGUACUCAUUUUUUUUUUUAAUUAGCAAGGAGAAAAUGCUCAUUUUGCUCAUAUUAUGUUAAAAGACAUUCUAUUUUUUCACUGUAGAAAUGUAACGUGAGAUGUGUUGGUGUGCAUGUAUACAUAGACGAAUGGGACGUGAAUGUAUACAUGCACACUCACAUAUAUUAUAUUUAAAUGCAGAAUAUAAAGAUGUAUCCAAAUCUUCAUAUGAAUAGCCUUUUUUUUUGUUUUUGUUUUUUGAAGCGGGCGCUCAUUUUUAUACCACCAUGAAAAUGUGUAUGAAAUCAUGAAUGAGUUUUUUAUUGCUUUUGUUUCUUGUUUUUUUUAAAGAGUCAGGGAAAUGCAUUAUCAAAUGCAGAAAUUUCCCAUAAAUCAUUGCGGGGAGAGCUUUGACUUCCUGUUGCCCAGUGAUGAAGGUUGGAUUAUGAUUGCAAUCCUGUUGUUAUUCAAUUAUAGUGCUAGUAUUAACUGAAGUAUUACUUUUAUAAAAGAUGUAGGUUUACAAAAUAUUGAACUGAACAAAAAAAAAAAACAAUUAUCUAUACUUUCCAAAUUUUACUAAAACAAAAAACACAAAAAAUGAAUUUUGUUACAGCCCAUAUCUGUGAAAGAUUUCUUUUUUUAACUUUUUAUUUCAUCUUUUUACUUUUCAAGCCACCGAAUGUUUGAUCGUUUGUUAGAUAUCAUUUAUGAUCCUGAAUAUAAUGCCUGUAAAUAAACAAAUAUAUAUUAUAUGUAUUUGUAUAAUUUGACCCACCAGAUUUCUGUCUUUGAACAAAACUGAGAUAACCAACAAAAAAAAAAAAAUUGUUUAUGCUAAUGGAAACUUUCCACAGUUUUGAAAGAAGCUUUGUCUCACGCUAACAGCUCUGUUUAUCUCUCUUCACUUCAUUCCUCUUUCUUUUCUGGUUCAUUUGUUCGCUUUUUUUCAACUCUGUACUUUUUUUCUUAUCUUAGCCAACACACUCUGCAGUCCAGUGGUGAGAGAAAUCAAAACGCUUCUCCUUUUCCCAUAAGACUUUUUAUUUUACUUUUAUAAUAUCAGUAAUACAUCUGUCAGAUUUCACUCCGAAACCAAAAAGCGUAAAUUCAACAUCUUAUUGAAAUCAGUGUAAAAAAUAGUUUUAAAUAAUGUGUUUUUAUGUUACAAUGCGAAACAUCUUACUAGUGUUAAAAAUA